CAUUAUGCUUUUCAUUUCUCCUUAUAGAUCAUCUUGUGAUGAAAACGAAUAUGAGUUAGAAAACAAGCCUCUCUUGAAACCUGAUGAAAUUAUUUACCUAGUCGCUAAAGAAAUUAGGAAUAUCAAACCAAAUAAUAAAAGAUUCAGUCGAAAAGGGCAAAAAGAAACUACUCGAAUGAUGCAAAAUGAAUACGAUGAAGAUCUAGCAGACACGAACGAAGAGGAUCUAACGAAAGCGCACAAAGUGUGGAGCCGCUGGGGGAAGUGGGGCGAAUGUUCGGUGACGUGCGGUGACGGCGUCAUCUCCCGGUGUCGCCUAUGCGUCGCUGGCCGGUGCGCGCCCGGCGAGGUGGAGGAGCAGCACCGGCCGUGCACUCGCACGCCUUGUGUUACUGCCUUCGAUGUGAACGAACCUUUAGAGGCUGAAUAGUAUUUCUAGGGAUGGGUACAAAAUGUGAAUGGGAGAUUUUUAAGAUGUUAAUUUUGAUAUUGUCUCGGUAAGGACCAGGCACUAUUAAUUAUAGCCCCGGUCAGUGGACUGUAUGUUCUUCUAUAGGUUGAGGCGCAGAGGUUCCCACUUGUUGAUUAAAAC